GCGAGCCCGAGCAGGCAGACGCGCGGCCAGCGGUCUGGGGGCGCGCCGCCUCCCGGCUCCCAAAAUGUGAAGCGGGGAGGGCGGACACGCAGAGACGGCCGGGCCGGACGCCCUCGCCGCCCUCCGGCAGUCGCGCCGCUCCCCUUCCCUGCCAGCCGAGGCCGCGCCACCCCGCGGGCGGCGGCCUGAGCAGCGAGCCCCCAGCCCAGCGCUCUCCGCCCGGCUCGGACUCGGCUUCGGCCCGCAAAGGGUUCGCGGCCCGGACUCCGUGGGACCCAGGCCCAGGACGGUGCGUACGGCCGCGCCCGCGGCUGCUGGCCCAGACAAGUUUGAACAAUGAUCACAGUCAACCCGGAUGGGAAGAUAAUGGUCAGAAGAUGCCUGGUCACCCUGAGACCCUUUCGGCUUUUUGUCCUGGGAAUCGGCUUCUUCACUCUCUGCUUCCUGAUGACAUCUCUGGGAGGCCAGUUUUCUGCCCGGCGCCUCGGGGACUCACCCUUUACCAUCCGCACAGAAGUGAUGGGUGGCCCUGAGUCCCGGGGCAUCCUCCGCAAGAUGAGCGACCUGCUGGAGCUGAUGGUGAAGCGGAUGGACACGCUGGCCAGGCUGGAGAACAGCAGUGAGCUGCACCGAGCCACCGGUGACAUGCACUUUGCAGCAGACAGGCUGCCUGCUGGGGCCAGCCUCAUGGAGCGGAUCCAGGCGAUUGCACAGAAUGUUUCAGACAUCGCGGUGAAGGUGGACCAGAUCCUGCGGCACAGCCUGCUUCUGCACAGCAAGGUGUCAGAAAGCCGGCGGGACCAGUGUGAGGCACCCAGUGACCCCAAGUUCCCUGACUGCUCGGGGAAGGUGGAGUGGAUGCGUGCCCGCUGGACCUCUGACCCCUGCUACGCCUUCUUUGGGGUGGACGGCACCGAGUGCUCCUUCCUCAUCUACCUCAGCGAGGUCGAGUGGUUCUGCCCUCCGCUGCCCUGGAGGAACCGGACGGCUGCCCAGGCAGCCCCCAACCCCCUCCCCAAAGUCCAGGCAGUUUUCCGGACCAACCUGUCCCACCUUCUGGAGCUGAUGGGCAGUGGGAAGGAGUCCCUAAUCUUCAUGAAGAAGCGGACCAAGCGGCUCACAGCCCAGUGGGCGCUGGCCGCCCAGCGCCUGGCGCAGAAGCUGGGGGACACCCGGAGGGACCAGAAGCAGAUCCUGGUCCACAUCGGCUUCCUGACAGAAGAGUCUGGGGACGUGUUCAGCCCGCGGGUUCUGAAGGGCGGGCCCCUGGGGGAGAUGGUGCAGUGGGCGGACAUCCUGGCCACGCUGUACAUCCUGGGCCACGGUCUGCGGGUCACCGUCUCCCUGAAGGAGCUGCAGAGUAACUUAGGGGUGCCGCCAGGCCGGGGGAGCUGCCCGCUCACCAUGCCCCUGCCCUUCGACCUCAUCUACACCGACUACCACGGCCUGCAGCAGAUGAAGCAGCACAUGGGGCUCUCCUUCAAGAAGUACCGGUGCCGAAUCCGAGUCAUCGACACCUUUGGGACGGAACCUGCUUACAACCACGAGGAGUACGCCACGUUGCACGGCUACAGGACCAACUGGGGCUACUGGAACCUCAACCCCAAGCAGUUCAUGACCAUGUUCCCUCACACCCCGGACAACUCCUUCAUGGGCUUCGUGUCUGAGGAGCUCAACGAGACGGAGAAGCAGCUCAUCAAAGGCGGCAAGGCCAGCAACAUGGCCGUGGUGUACGGCAAGGAGGCGAGUAUCUGGAAGUGUCUGCCAUCUCUCCUACAGGUAGACCCCUACCUGCCCUACGAGUACACCUGUGAGGGGAUGCUGGAGCGAAUCCACGCCUACAUCCAGCACCAGGACUUCUGUGCAGCCCCAGGCCUCGCCCUGCCAGGCAAUAAUGUCCCAAAGAGCCCUUUCAUCCUGGCCCCCAAUGCCACCCACCUCGAGUGGGCCCAAAAUGCCAGCUUGGCCCCUGGGGCCUGGCCCCCGGCACACUCCCUGAGAGCCUGGCUGGCUGCCCCCGGGAGGGCUUGCACCGACGCCUGCCUCGACCAUGGACUCAUCUGUGAGCCGGCCUUCUUCCCCUUCCUCAAUGGCCGGGACGCCUUCCUCAAGCUGCAGGUGCCCUGCGACAGCACUGAGUCGGAGAUGAACCACCUGUACCCGGCCUUUGCCCAGCCCGGCCAGGAGUGCUACCUGCAGAAGGAGCCUCUGCUCUUCAGCUGUGCUGGCUCCAGCACCAAGUACCGUCGGCUCUGUCCCUGCCGCGACUUCCGUAAGGGCCAGGUGGCCUUGUGCCAGGGCUGUCUGUGA